GAGGAGAGUCACGAGGAAAGGUCAAGAUCGACAUCAGGCUCUACUUCGAGGGCGCCAGAUUGGGAUCUUCUUUCUGGUCCUCCUGCUUCGACAGCUGCUGUUCAGCCAUCUCCUGGUUUGGACUCUGCUCGAACUUCUCCGAACGCUGGCUACGACGAGGUUGCCCGGUUGCUUACUAAAGCACCUCAGCACUGCUUUGAUCUUUGCAACAGGCUCUCUGGAACAUCUGAGUUUGUCAAGUUUCGAGUUCAGCGUGCGUGGGAAGCAGGGAAGCAGGCAUCAGUAUACUGCCUGGCCCUUGGUAUUGACCUUCCUGCAGAGCAAUGACUUCGUUCAUGCAGAAGUUGAAGGAGAUCUUCCAGCCCUUCCCGACAGCGGGGAGACGAUGGCCAUCCCUGUGAUGAACCGCCGAGAAGGAGUGAUGGUGGCCAUCCCUGUGGGCUUCUUCCCAACUCAGGUUUUGGAGGAGGGAAAUGCGGCAGUGCAUACAGACAUGUUGGGUCCAAGCACUCAAAUCUCUCUCCCUGCGGUGAUCGAGGAGGAGGAUGGCUCAGAGACUGCAGCAGGUUACGACGUGGACGUCCUGCUAGUGGACUUCAGCCUGGGGAUUUUGGACAACCUCAGGCUCUACGACCCAGUCACCGAAGAGGAGGAACUGAUGCGUGCCUCACCCACGGCCUCUGCUCCUGCCCCCAAGAGAGGUGCCAAGAAGAUAACUACAGCUGCCCUUGCAGAGCAGGUGACGGCCAUUGCAGAAGCGCUCCCAGCAGUUUUGGAUCAGCUCCGCAGCCUGCAGGCAAACCAGGAGAAGUUGGAAGGUAUUGUGACGUCAGCAGGGGCUCAGGCAAAGAUACCCCCCUACCGGCAGCCCUUUGGCCUUCCUUCUUCAAAGGCCCCAGCUCUAGCGGCAUCAAGGUUUCUUCACAGCAUAGGUCCACCGCCCAAGGUGAGGCCAACCACAAGCGCUACUGUCCCUGGCCUGCUUCCAGGCGAAGGUUUUCCUGGAGAAGAGCCGAACGUCCUUCCCUCAGAAGAAGGUUAUCAAGAGCAGAUAGAGACAGCUGGGGUUCCAGAGGCCUCAAGUGGGAGCGUUCAGCAACUGCUCCUCCAGCAGUCUCAGGCACUGACAGCAUUGGUGGCCCACAUCUCUUCUCAAGAUGGACUUCAAGAUUUGGGGGCUCCUGGCAUGGCGACUGCGAUCUCCUUGAAAGGUUCUGGCAAGAGGGAGAGGGUCUUGAACAACUUAGCAACUCGGAAGGGGAACUUCAUGCUGAAGGUUGCACAGAAUGCUCACCGGAGGCUGAAGCCUUCGGACCCUCUUCCCCGCUCCUUGGAAGAUUUUGGUGGGAAGCCUCUCUUUGCGAAGUACUUGGAACGACAUGGUGGCUACUCUUCCAGCCGAGAUCUUGGGCUUGUGAUGUGGCUCUUAUGUCAGGUAGCCGACCAGAUGAUUCAGGGCGACUCCCACGGGGCAAUGGAGAUGAUGGCAUUGGUGCUUGAGUUGGACAUCAUCAACACGAGGAGACAAGAGGCCAUUCCAGGCAAGAAGAGCAAGAAGGACGAAGACAAGGUGGCUCUGGGUGUGCAAACCCGGGGCGGGCUCCCUCCGGAGAAGGGUGAGGUGAUCCUGGGCCCGCUGGCUCGGGAUGGGCUCCCCUUGGCCCCCCAUGACGAAUGGGUGUUGGGUGAGGUGGCUCUGGGCGUGCAAACCCGGGGCGUGCUCCCGCCAGAGGAGGGUGAGGUGAUCCUGAGCCCUAGUGCCCGGGAUGUGCUCCCCUCGGCCUUGCCCUGGCAGCUGCCAGAGUGGGCGCAGAAAUUCGAAGGGCUUCUAACGUGGGGCUCAUUGCAGACUUUUUCUUUUGGCGCCUGGUGUUCCACGCUGUGUGCACAAGUUUUGAAGUCUAGGUUUAUCCACACUUCAGCUUUGGCGGUGAACCCCUCUGGGGCUGAGUUGGCGACGCUGGAUCGCCUGCGAAACCUGCUGAAGGCCUUCGGUAGCGGUCAGGACAGUUUUGAGGUACCUGGCAGUGGCCGUAGAUCAGCAACACUUGUUUCCCUCUUGGCCGACCUUGGUGAAGUUUUGACUUGGGAAGGUGCUGGAGGUGAUAGUUACAGAAGAGGGUUUCCUGGAGCUGCGGAUGGAAUCUCUGAAGUCCCACAGGACUUGAUGCGAGCCGAAGAGCUUCGCCCUUACAGAGACCUUGAUCCGAGCCGCUUGAAGAUAGUAGGCUCUGCAGCCUGGGACCCCCAGCAGUACCUCUCUGACUCAUUGUGGCUUGCGUACGUCGAUCCCGCCAGCUUGAUUUGGACCAAUGAGCUGCCCAUCCAUGACAUCCCCAAUCUCAACAAGGAGAGCCACACAUCGACGGUUCAGCUUGCCAAGCUCUGGGACGCAAAGGGCCUUUUGUUUUUGCGUAGGGUUCCUAGCGACUUUCACUGGAGUGAUGGGGCUAUGAGGUUCUUCAACAACUAUAAGCGUGACUUUUACCACCAGUUUCAGGUCACUUCAGAGCGUGCAUGUUCCAAUGGAGUUUGGCCCCUGUUGAAUGAGGAUGACGUGGAUGGUUUGAAAGCUUAUGAUGAUUUACAACUUCGAAGUAGUCAAUACCGAUAUGACAGAACAAAGCACGGUGACAAGUUUGGUGGCAGCCGUGCAGGGUUGGACAGACAUGAUGGACUUUUCCAGGCUUGUUUCAAUUCAAUUCCUCAAGGCGAUCACCUUGGGGUCGAGUUUGCAACUGAAGCACAUCGUGGUUUGUUGGCAGCUAAUGGUUUGCUGCCCCCUGCGCAGGAGCUGAGAUCAGACAAGGUUUUUGAGGGGCAUUCCUCACUUCAAGGUUUGGUGAUUGAUGAUUUCUUUUCUGUUUCGGUUCAACAUGCAGCAUGCCCGGCUGGAUCCUCUGAAGCUUUCAAGGCGUUUUGCCAGGCAAAGUCAGUCUAUGAGUCUGAGGGUCUGUUAGGCUCUGAUGCAAAAGACGUUGUCGAAGCAGACAAGGCAAAGAUCAUUGGAGGCGAGCUUGACUCAUCCCCAGCUGUCAGAGCAUUGGGGGUUGUGCCGCUUGGAUCACCUGUGAGGAAGCGACUUGCCUUAGCAUAUAUCUCUUUGGAGUUAGCAAAGCUGCCCUCAACUACAGAUGUGUUACACUUGUGCUUGAUGGGAGGUUGGGUCCAUUCCCUCCUUUCCCGCCGACCCCUGAUGGCAAUCCUGAGUGAGGCGUUUGGGCUUGUCAAGGCAUCGGACAUAGAUCGAGAUAUGCCUAGACUUGUGCAGCUUGCCAGAAGUGUUGCGCAGGAACUGGUCCUGUUAUCAGUGCUCUGCCCGCUCAUGGUCACCGAUCUCUCAGCAACUAUGUUUGAUCGAAUUUACGCUUCAGAUGCGUCAGACAGGAAGGGAGCCUUCAUGUCCAGGCCAGUCUCACAUGACAUUGCCCGUGUUAUGUGGCGCACUGGCCGAAAGAAAGGAGGCUAUGCCAGGAUGCACUCUAGAGCGGAAGCCUUGAUCCGAAAGCUUGACCCUGACUUUGAGGAGUGUGGUAACCAUGAUGACGAUCCUCCCAGUUUGCCUCGCCUCGACAGGCCUCGGGCUCACAGAUACCACUUCAUUGAAAUUUGCGGUGGGGCUGGGAAGGUCACCAAAUACCUUAGCCAGCGUGGAUGGACCUGCGGCCCUGUCCUUGACUUAGAUGCAUCAGGGCACUACAACUUGCGUGACAUCAGAGUUUUGGCCUGGAUUUUGCACCUUUUAGAGAAUGACCUCCUCGACAGCUUCAUGGUUGCCUCUGCAGUGUACACAGAUGAGCUUGCCUACACCCUUGCAGAGUGUUGUCAUAGAGCAUUGAAGAGAAAGCUGCGAGAGAAGAGCGAGCAGACUCCAGAAGUGCUAGGCUUGGAGACCCCUCUUUGCAAUGAUUUGCUGGUGUCGGGUGAUUGGAAGGUUGAACAGCAGUGGGAAUGGAAGGUCGCCUUCUCAUGGACUUCGGAAGGUCUUGAGGAGAACAGGCUUUUUCUGCUCGUUUAUGGCGGAUCCCUUCCUUGGAAGGAAGAUCAGACACAGCACUAUCGCGACAAGCUGUUGGAUCAUUUUACUGGAUGGUUGAGAUUGCAAGGUGUCUCUUUUGAGGAGCUCGUCAUGACCCCAGUUCCAGAUGUUGAGGGUAUCAAUCUUUUGCUGGAAAAGUACGGAAGGGCUCUUUUUGAUGCAGGUCGACCUUACAAUCGCUAUGCAGAGCUUAUCAACAGCGUCGCUGCAAAGAAGCCUGCCCUUCGCAGGAACCUGCAGGCGGCUUGGGAUCUUGCCUACACGAUAGGGGAAGUUCUAGGAGCUUUACGGAAGAACCUGAUCCUCCCUGCAGAUGUGGGCGGUUCAACAACUUUUGCGCUGUUGGAAAUCUCAGAGCCAAAGACUAGGCUCGUUGAUCUCGCUUUUCGAGCUUUGAGACCCGAGCAGAAACUCUGGCCGGCCAAUGUCAG